AUGGGCAAAAUCAACCUCACAGCCCUCCGGGUACGACAGACUGCGCUCAACCAAUUCGCCGCCGGAAAGAUCAAGAAGUUGCCUCAAUGGGUUGAGGUUGUUGGUGAUAUUCCCCCAGCUGAGGCUCUGAUCCGAAACCGCACUCCUCAGCACCAGCUGGUCCGCCAACGCCUGCAGACCAACCCCGACUCCUCGAAGCCGCAGGUCGUCUUCGAGGUUCAAGAAAAGCGCCGCAAGCCGAAGAAGCCCAGCCGUCUAUUCAAGCCCGUCGAACUUCGAUACGAGGAAGAUCAAUUGCGAACAGAGUUCUUCCGUGAUCAUCCCUGGGAGCUUGCCCGGCCUCGCGUGGUUCUGGAAAGCUCCGGCAAAGACUUUGAGUUUCAUGAUUGGAGCCGGAUCCAGCAACCUGGGAAGAAACUGGAUGGAGAGAGUGUUGUCCAACGGCAGCUUUGGCUUUUGAACAAUGUCCCCGAUAUGACUAAGAGUAACGCAUACGAUAUCGCUCGCCGCGAGUUCUACAAACUUCGACUAAAGGAGGACAUUCAACGGCGGGUCGCUGCUGAGGAGGCCCAGGCAACUGGUGCCACCUUUGGCCCCUCCUAUCUGGAAAUUGGUAUGGAGUUGGAGAGCGAGCAGCACGAAAAGUGGAAGACGUGGGCUCGCCUCGAGGCUCAAGUGCUGGACCAGCGUGUCGUCGCGAUGUCUGGUGCUCCUGAACUCGCCAUGGAGAGCGAGACGGAACGCCCGGCGGACAUUGCACAGGAGACUGAGGAGUCGGCUUAG